ACAAGGUGACAACGACUGGCGACAGACAGGCAACUGCUUUAACUUUUCGAUUGCAGUAAACAGGAAACAAAAACAAAGCAAAGACCGAAAACCAAAGAUCGAAGAGUAGCAGCAAACGUAGCAACAUUAACCAAUAACGGGCAUUUAAGUUGUCGUUCAAAUGCGCUGCAAUGCGAUUCAAAGUGUCAAUAAAGGAGUAACCAGCUGAUAUCGUCCGUGCAUGCGUGUGUUUGUUACGAAUAUUCAAAGCAUUGAAUUGCGAGAACGAGACGCUGAAGUGGAAAAUUUGCAGUGUUUUUCUGUCAAAUAAACAAAAGCAAAAAAAAAAACAUACUGUCCAUAUAGAAUUUGAAAAAAAAGAAUUUUUAAAUUGUGCAAGUGUGAAAAAUUGUAUUGAAAAUCUCAAAAGCAUUGGCAUACUAUUUUGCUGAUAUCGAAGCCUAAGCAAGUUUCGCAAAUCGUUAAACAGUAACCGCUAAAAAAAUGUGGAAUAAUAAACUACCAAUUCGCUUAUGUGGCGUACUCACAUUUCUGCUCGCUGCAAACGCCGCACAGCUGUCCAACUUCAUGCCAAUUCGCUACUAUCACUACCCGACACCGCAACAUCAACUCACCAUCCCACAAUCGGCGGCCACAACAACGCAGCAACGAUAUCAACAACAAUACGCCGGCUAUGCGCAAACCCAACACCGCUACGUGCAACAGCAAACGCAACAACAAUACUACCAGCAAUACCAACAAAACCAACAGCAAGCCUCACAACAAUCAGCAACUUCGUACUAUCAACAUACACAACAACUGCCGGCCGCGACAGCAACUAAUGUUGCACAACAAUUUACUGCGCCCGCAUUGGAAAAUGCCGCCUUUACAAGAGCCUUGACCAAUCAAGGUUAUAAGUACGGCAGUGCCGGCAAUGGUGGCAGUGGCAUCAGCAACAGCCACGCGGCAUCAUCAGUUUCCGCAGCACGCGCGCUACCCUCCUCCAUAUUGACAUUGCCUUCGUCCUUAGUGGAGGCUCUGGAGGCCGCGAAUGAUAUUGCACCAAAAGGCGCCAUCGACACCACAGAUACUUCGAUCAAUUUGAAAUUGCCGUUGCCGGUUAAUAUAGCGCCCAUCAAAGUGUCACCAUUGCCACUGGACGAAGGCGUUUCCUUUAACAAGUUAGCUAAUAAUGGCGUCACCUCAUAUGGCACCGUUUAUCCACAGCGCAAGCGUAGAUGAGAGCGCAUGGCAUCGGCUUGGCGGUGCUACGUAGAACUGCGCGCUGGUGUAGAACUGUGCGCUGCAAAGAGGCUCCUUCGUUUGUGGCUAAUUUUGUGUAACACCAACGCAGCACUUGACAUUUGCGGUUAGCUUUUAGCUGAAUGCUUCAGUGCAGCAUUCCACCACUUAACAGUCACCAGUCUAGAUUUAAGGUCAUCUCUCUUUGGAGCUGUAUUGCUCAUUCGAUUAUUAUAAGUAACUGAUAAUUUGUACAAUUUAAAGCAUAAUUUGUCGUUAUGCACAAUAGAAAAAGUGUAUAGAACUGCUGCAAUCAAAAUUAUUCUACCAGUAAGCGACAUAUUUGUUGCAUCUAUCGAAUCACAGGUUUUCUUUUUAUUUUUUUCCCUCCCUAAACUCGUAUGCUGUAUUAAUUAUUAUUCUUUUUUUUUUUUUAUUCAAAUUUAUUUUUAGUUUAUUAUCUGCUACUAACGCUUUUGUCUGUUUUGUUUCACUCACAUUUUGUGCGAAUAGAGCUUUACAAGUGGUUGUUGAUUAAAAAUACUUGCCAUAAUAUUUACAUACCGAUAAAUACACGAAAAAAAAAGAAAAAGAAAAAAAACCUAACAAAUUGCAUGUGACUUUUUCUCGAAGAUUUCUGCA